GACGGGAAGUUACCAAUAAAGUUUUACUGUUUGAAAGCCGGCCUGGCUGGGCCGUGCGCAUUAUCCGUUCCCUUGUUUGUCCGCAGUCCCUCUCGGCUACAGGGAACAAGCUUCAGGGCGUCAUGGCCAGGGGCCGCCGCGGCCGGGCGGAGCUGAGGCCGCCUUUCGCUGCCCACGCGCUCCCUUGGCUCCCGGGUCCACCGGCGUCCGCCUCGGUCUGAGCGCAGCCCCUUCCGCGCCCACGGGCCGCCUCGCGCCGGACCCCAUGGCCUCCGAGGCGCCGCCGCCUUCGUUGUCUCCGUCGCCGCCACCCUCCCCCGAGCCUGAGCUGGCCCAGCUGAGGCGCAAGGUGGAGACGUUGGAACGCGAGCUGCGGAGCUGCAAGCGACAAGUGCGGGAGAUCGAGAAGCUGCUGCACCACACGGAGCGGCUGUACCAGAGCGCCGAGAGCAACAACCAGGAGCUCCGCACCCAGGUAGAAGAGCUCAGUAAAAUACUCCAUUGUGGGAGAAACGAAGAUAAUAAAAAGUCUGAUGUAGAAGUACAAACAGAGAACCACCCUCCUUGGUCAAUCUCAGAUUAUUACUAUCAGACAUACUAUAAUGAAGUUAAUCUUUCAAAUAAAGCAUCUGAACUCUCAGUUCAGGAAGAUAAGGAUAUCGAAGCUUCUACUUUUAAUUCUAAAGACCAGUCUCACAUACAAAAUGAUACUUGUGCUGGUACUGAUGUAACAGAAAAUGUUAAUUUUGGACAAGAGGACCAUUUUGCCUCAAAUUCACAGGAGCCAGCAUCUGCGUUAGCAACAGAGAAUACAUCCUUAGAAGGUUCAUCACUAGCUGAAAGUUUGAGAGCUGCAGCAGAAGCUGCUGUAUCACAGACUGGCUUUAGCUAUGAUGAGAACACUGGAUUGUAUUUUGAUCACAGUACUGGAUUCUAUUAUGAUUCCGAAAACCAGCUGUAUUAUGAUCCCUCCACUGGAAUUUAUUACUACUGUGAUGUGGAAAGUGGUCGAUACCAGUUUCAUUCUCGAGUGGAUUUGCAGCCUUAUCAGACUUCUGGCACAAAACAAAGUAAAGAUAAAAAAUUGAAGAAAAAAAGAAAGGAUCCAGAUUCUUCUACGACAAAUGAAGAAAAGAAUUUGAAUUCAGAAGAUCAGAAAACAUCCAAUAUUGAACAUAUAAGCUGCAGUGAGGGAGAAGAUUUUGCAAAUGUGAAAAAGAAGGCCAAAAUAGACAUCCAUUACAAAAAUAGUCCGCCCAAAUAUACUGUUCCAGUUAGUGCAAAGACUGUAGAAUCUCCUCUUAGUGAAAACAUUUAUAAUUCGGCUUCGUUUAAAGACGAGAAAAUCGUAGACAUUGAUAGUGAGCCUGAAGAAGGUGAAAUUACAGACUCUCAGACCGAGGACAGUUACGAUGAAGACACUACCAGUGAAGACAACGCAACUGCAGAAGAUACUGAGGAUGAAGAUGAAGAAAAAAUCUGGCCUCCAUGUAUUAGAGUAAUUGUAAUUAGAUCACCUGUGUUGCAGACAGGAUCACUUUUUAUCAUUACAGCUGUAAAUCCUGCUACAAUUGGAAGAGAAAAAGAUAUGGAGCAUACUCUCCGAAUCCCUGAAGUUGGUGUCAGUAAGUUUCAUGCAGAAAUUUAUUUUGACCAUGACUUACAAAGUUAUGUCCUUGUGGAUCAAGGCAGUCAGAAUGGUACAGUUGUUAAUGGAAAACAGAUUCUUCAGCCCAAAACUAAAUGUGACCCUUAUGUACUUGAGCAUGGGGAUGAAGUGAAAAUUGGAGAGACUGUGUUGUCGUUUCAUAUUCACCCUGGCAGCGAUACCUGUGAUGGCUGUGAACCAGGGCAGGUUAGAGCUCACCUUCGUCUUGAUAAGAAAGAUGAACUUUUUGUUGGUCCAACACUAAGUAAGGAGGAAAAAGAGUUGGAAAGGAGGAAAGAAUUAAAGAAAAUACGAGUAAAAUAUGGUUUGCAGAAUACAGACUAUGAAGAUGAAAAGGCAUUGAAGAAUCCAAAAUAUAAAGAUAGAGCUGGAAAACGUAGGGAGCAGAUUGGAAGUGAAGGAACUUUCCAAAGAGAUGAUGCUCCUGCAUCUGUCCAUUCUGAAAUUACUGAUAGCAAUAAAGGUCGGAAGAUGUUGGAGAAGAUGGGAUGGAAAAAAGGAGAGGGCCUAGGGAAGGACGGUGGAGGCAUGAAAACUCCGAUCCAGCUUCAGCUUCGGCGAACACAUGCAGGCUUGGGGACAGGCAAGCCAUCUUCAAUUGAAGAUGUUCACCUUCUCCAAAACAAGAGCAAAAAGAACUGGGAGAAAGCACGAGAGAGGUUUGCUGAAAAUUUCCUGGAAACUAAAUCUCAAAAAGAUGGACCAGGGACUGUGCCUUGGGUCAAAGGGACUGUAGAGUGAAGGUCAGUCAUAGAACACAAUUAACCUUUUUUAUAGAGUUUGGAAACUCUUGUAUAAUUGCAGAAAUUUCCCCUCAAAAAGAGUCAGUGACAUGAGGGAACUGUGUCAGUUUACCCCCUCAUGAUUCAAAAAUUUGUAGUAAAGUGUGGUUUGCAGAGCUUUUAAAAAACAUUUUUAAAUAACUAAUAAAUAGUGACUGAAUCAAGUCAUGCUGUGAGUGGACUAAAGUUCACGGGGCAUGGAUGGGCUUAUCAAACUUUGCUAGUUUACUUUGUCAUUUGCAAGACCCAUAUAAACAACUAGCCAUAUAAGCAAAAUUCACGAAACCACUAACUUAAAUGUACAUUUGUCUUUGUCUCCUUAUAUUCAUUAUUGUAAGAUGCAUAACAGAAGAAACAUGAAAAGUUUAUAGAAACAACCUGACUGUAUGCAUCCUUGUUUAUACCCUUUAGGACCUAGAUAGAAAAUGUUGGAAAACAUAGGUAGUGGUGUAUACAUUAUAUUUGAAAUAACUCAAGACAUAUUAUUGAAGAACUAAUGAGCAGGUGACAUGUAGAAAAUCAGUCUUCCAUUGUUUUCUUCUGUGAAGAAUCUGUGGAUUUGUAUUAUAUAUUAAGCAUUUAUAUUUGGUUUGUUUCAUAGCUAAAAAUGAACAAUUGAGUACAGUAUUGAAAUAUUCAAUGUGCUGGCGUUUGAUUGCUGGCAAUGGAGUCGUGCCAGAGAAGUUUGAUUUCUGUUGCAAAAGGAUUAGAGACUUCCCUGGUGGCUCAGACGGUAAAGCGUCUGACUACAAUGUGAGAGACCUGGGUUCGAUCCCAGGGUCGGGAAGAUCCUCUGGAGGAGGAAAUGGCACCCCACUCCAGUACUCUUACCUGGAAAAUCCCAUGGAUGGAAGAGCCUGGUAGGCUACAGUCCAUGAGGUCGCAAAGAGUCGGACAUGAAUGAGCGACUUCACCUUGCUUCCUUACCUAGCCAAGGCUCCAAACUCAAGAUAUUUAUUGAAAAUAUCUUCAGAUGCAAUAAAAACAUUGUAACAUCAAAAAAAAUAAUUCAUUGAACCAAUAAUUUAAACAUUCUGGUCUGCGUUGAACUCAAGAGCAGGCAGAAUUUCCCUCUGUAGACUGACAGCGCAGUAAUGAAACCAGCCAGAGCUUCCCUCUGAGAAUUGACAGCACGGUGAUGAGAGGAGACUAGCUCAGGUCUGGUGAGGCUGCAGUGCAGCUGUCUGAGCGCAGGUGUCACUGCGCUGCCGGUUACUGCUGUUUCUUCCCUUUGUGGUCGACUUUUCUGUCAGCUUUUUGCUGGGAAAUCAAUGCUGCGACUGAUCUUUUAUCACAGUGAAUAUAAACUAUAGCUCUGUCAUCUACUAUAAUGAAAUGUCUUCGAGAUACAGAAAUAGGAAAGGAAAAUUCUGGGGGGAAAAAAUAUGCAAUAGGGAAGAUAGUUCAGAAAGAAAAGCUACCUGUUGGAAUUUCUAAUCUUAAUGGUAGAGGGUACUUAAGAAGGAGGGGUGUGGAAAGAAAAUGUAUUACUAUAGAUGAGACAUAUGACCAAAUUUGUCAAGUCAUUGUAGACGGGAAAAUCAGAGGUCCUAUAACUCUAAAGAUGGAUUAAGUAUUUUUCUGUAUCCUUCCUGCCCACUUACAUACCCUAACACACACACACACACACACACACUAAAGAUGGAUUAAGUAUUUUUCUGUAUCCUUCCUGCCCACUUACAUACCCUAACACACACACACACACACACACACACACGGCCACAUACAUACCCUAACACACACACCUCUUCAUACCCUAACACAUACACACAACUCACAAGACUUGGAGGCAAUAGGAAUGUCCUGGAUUAUUUUCUGUAAAGUAGAAAAGUUACUCGUGUAAACAUGGUUCUGAUACUGGUGCCCUGUAUACAGGUAACAACAUAGGACCUUCAGAGUGAACUUGCUUCUGAUAGAUCUCACUCACUGGGUUAGUAUACAACUGUAUAUAUAAUAUUUCCCACUUUUAUUAUUAGAUUGUGGAAAACGUUUUCAUUGUUUUCCUUUGUUAAGAAAAUGGAAACUUGAAAAUGGUGAUAAAAAUUGAUACAUAUAUGGUAUUUGCAUUAUUAAAACCCUUGGCAGAUCUAAAGUCUCAGGGCUAUACUGUAUACUGGUUAAAGCACUGAAUAAUGUCUGGUUCUAUUUCUACUUGUGAAAUGAGAAUAAUAUUUAACUCACAUGUUUGUCUCGAAUAAAAAAUAAGAAAAUGUAUAUAAAAGCACUUUGUAAACUAUGAAAGUAGUACAAAUGUGAGCUUCUGUUUGUUCAGGAGCAUAAAUGUGGAUUAUGUACAAUUUGAAUUAUGCAUAAAAUUGUUUUGUGUCUAAUAUUUAAAAUUACAGUUUAUUUACACAGUUUAUUACUAAAUUACAUUUAGUAAUUUAAUAGCCUUUAAGUGUUUGUUUAAAGUGAAGCUGCGAGUUGCUGAAUUUUGAGAAUUCUAACAUAUUUUGCCAGAACAUGAGAAGUUGGCAAAAUUGAGAACAGAAGAUACCGUCACCAUUAUAGUAAAAUAACAGAAAUUGUCUUCUAAAUUAAAUAGCUAAGAAGCACUUUUUCUCAGAAAGGGAGGGGUUUUAUUUUUCUUCUGUUUUUAAAGGUUUUUACUUCUGUUUAAUUUAUUCUAGUUGUGAACUUACGAAGUUAUGGUUCACCCAGUUAAAAUGCCUCCCAGCUUUUCAUGUAAAAGAUUAUUUCUUAAUUUGGCAAAUUUUCAAAGAGCAGCCAAAAGAAGACAUAAAUUUCCACCGAGGAGAAGAGGUGUCAGAGACUGUGUACAGAGGCCGUCCUGUUGAGUCACAGGGCAGAGGGCUGUGCUGGGCAGGGAGCCAGAAAUGCGUUUCUGGCCCCAGCACCUGAGGGUUCUCAGGGACUGUUGAAAGUGUCUUCCCCAUUGUGUUCUAAGUGUGCUUCUUAUUUUUUUAGGGCAUCACUUACGUCUCUGCCGUGAAUGUUUAAAACAUUUCAUUUUACUUUUUUCAGGCU